CACCUCCUUGUUGAUCCCCCUCUAGGGCUCUACUAGGCUCUAGGCUAGCUCUCGAUCUCAUUCAUAGCUUUUGGGCUGACGCAUACGAUCGUAGUCUGCAUUGUGACGGGAUGGUUAGUCGAUUCGGGAACAGGCGCUGCUGCCGAUACGGCCUGAACUGACUUUGAACUUACUUUUGAAGUACAUGUAUCACUAUCAGCACGCCGCGACCGCCGUUUGCUUGGACCUGGUAGAAGUAAAGUGGGAGUGGGAGAAGAUACCGCUACUGUACUGGGUCUGGCACUACCACUGGCCCUGUCAUUCAGCUGAUCGUGAAAACAGACCUAUAGGCUAUACUGCAUGCUGUAGGCAAGAGAAUCGCAGUGAAUCCUGGUCUCCAGUACUCUGCCAGUGACUUGCAACUGAGUGAGUUGUGGCAUAGCGGUGCGAGUCCAAUAGUAAUACCUGCACCAUCCUCUAUCCGCUUAGCUGGAGCGUUGGUAUGCGUGCCGAAGCAUAGCCAAUGUUGUUGGAGGUCGAAACAGAGCAGACGGUCCCAUCUGGUUGGCUUGGCUUUCAUAGCGGUCGUUUGUAAUUGUACUGAUUCUGGAGCAGACCAUCCACGCGGCCCAAACGCUCCGCGUGUCCAGCUAACAGUGGCGUGUAUUUGUGGCAUGAAGCGUGGCACGUUGAGCUUGCGGAGGCGAGAUCGUCUGAAACGUCUCAGAUGGUUUCAUCCCUCCCUAGACCGGCAUACAGCCGAAGCACUACUCAUGGCGAAUGGCUGCGAGGGCAGCUACUUGCUUCGGCCCAGUGUUAACCACCUUGGUCAUUUCACAUUGAGUAUAAGGACAUCCGAUGCUGUCCAGCACUAUGACGUGCGGGUGGAAGGUGAGACGUUCCAUUUCGGCAUGGGCACAUUCGUAAGCCUCAAGGAGUUUGCGGAUCACUUUGACCAGAUGCCGGUGGUUGGUGGCGAAUCGGGGAUUCUUACGCAACUCAUGUAUCCCUAUCCCCGGGACAUAGUCGAGCCAGGGAUGUACGAAAGUGUGCGCCUGCAUGCUGAGUUUGCAGGCCAGGACGCACCGGGAGCAGAUGAGCAGGCUGUGCGGAACUCGCAGCUUUCAAUAGCGACAAAGUCAGGCUACAUGACAAAGCAAGGAGCGAUACGAAAGAACUGGAAGACACGGUGGUUUACAUUGCGCAACAACGAGCUCAAGUACUUCAAGAAAAGAGGGGAUGAGAAGCCUAUACGCACGAUUGACUUGAGUUCUGUGGAAGACAUUGCGACUGACAGUUCUAAAGGAAAGAGGAAUUGCUUUCGGCUUGUCAUGGAGAGUCGCACGUACUACAUCUAUACCAGCACAGAGAAUGAAAUGGAGGAUUGGAUAGAGAUGAUUCGCUGGAGAAAGAGAAUGUCCCCUGGCGCUACACUAGCAUCAGCAUAGCAGUGACAGUCAGUCCGUGUGCUGCCAGCUUACGACGCCAUGUACCGGUAGACAUGUUCACUAGCCUGGAUGACAUCAGUGCUAGCUAGCAAAAAUGAAACGCAGGUUACACUCGGAAAGUCAACAGCACUUGGAGCGUGCUUGCAACUGGAUCGGACCUGAAGUUCGUCGUGGUUCUGGAGAGCAGUCUGUCUGCCCCAUGCACCACUGCCUUGCACUUCUGUCUUCUCACCAGCACGCUCUCAGUAGUGUUGUGUAUUCACAGAUACAUGUACACUUUGAACGGCAUACUUCAGCCCAACUGAAAGUAUAUCUACCUGAUGGUUGUGGCUAUCAUACUUGGGCAUCUGGAAAUGGAUUGCAUCAAGUGGGAGUCUUAUUAGUUUUUGCCCCCUUGUUCAACCGUGUCCUCGUGGCAUGCCAUGGUCAAGUUAAAUUCACCAUCGGGUAACGAUUCUACAAUGUGCUCUCUUUGCUCAGGGUGCAGUAUGCCUGUACACACUGCUAGCUUGCACGUCCCCAUCCUUGUUCCUAUCUGAUCUGCGAAAAUGACGUCGCUUACUGUUUUAUAAUCCUGUCCACUAUACUCUCUCAAUAUUGGGUUGCUUUACGCAGGAUUCCAUCUGGAAUCCCCCUCUUGUCAGCUACGUUGAGACCGUUAUAUUCUAUUUUCCCCAUGCAGCUAGAUUGUUGACUACUCUCUUGAUCGGCUGGCCAGCUUUCUGAUAACAUCAGUCUUCUCUACUAUUUAGACUAACAUCAGUACUUUUGAAAUUAUAGCCAGUACAUACAUGAUUGAUAAGGCUUCCUCAAUACUA